AUGACAGUUACAAAGUUACCACUGAACGAUAAAAAUUGUGCUCGAGGAAUUGAUAUCACCGGAAAAAAACAUAUUUUCUAUGUGCAAAACGAAAAGUACCAAUCAUUAAGGAGAAGAAACCGAGGAAAUAACAAUAAAAAUUCCUGUAAAGAUUGCAAUCAAUCCAACGAAUGCUUCGAGAUCUUAGAGAAACGAAUCGAACAGAUAUCAAAUAAAGUUGCUCAGCUUGCAAAUGUCACCAAUACAAAUCAAAGCUUGAGUUUAACCAAAAACGAUUCAAUCGUCUCUCCCGAUUUUUCGCAAAUGGUAAAUUUCUAA